ACAAGCUAUUUUGGCAUAAUAGUACAGUGCUAGUGUGGGAUUGACUCUAAUUGAGCCUUAAAUGUUCCAUGCAUGGAUUCUGGAAGACCUCCUCAGCUAAAACCAUUAUCCAUUGUUAAGCUGCUCAAACUGCACUAUGGUUUUCAACAAGCCGAUGAAGACUCUGUGAAACAUCUACCAAGCUACUAUGAUGUGAACUUCUAUUUUCGUGGUAUACCAAAUCAAGAUGCAUUAGAGGGUGAAUACAUGCUCAAAAUAUUGAAUCGAGCUCAUAUCUCUAACGAGAUAGCUGUCGGACUGUCUGCUCUAUGGGCUCAUCUAAAUAAGAAGGGUCUCAAUUACACUAGCAUGUUACCCAAUAUACAGGGAGACAGGGUCACUACCCUCACAGUACAGGAGCUUGUGCAGUUCGAAGAAGAGCAACCAUUAGAAGCCGUAUUAUCUCUUGCAUUUUCAAUUCGGGUGAUGAGGUUUGUCCCAGGUGAAGUUUUUGAUGCAGUGGAUAAGCGGUACUUGACCCCAAGCUUGCUGUUUGAUGUGGGAGCAUUCACAGGGAGGAUAGACACUGCUUUGCAGGAUGGCUUUCAUAACUCUGCUAUUGAGACUCGUUUUAACGUCUGGGACGCUGUGCAUUUUCCGAGCAUACGCAAACAUUUUUCUUCACUUGACGACCCCAAAAAACAGGAAAUGGUUGAAAAAUGUCUCACUGGGUUUGAGAACUAUGUACUACCUAAGAUAUCUACCUUCAAGAAAGGAAUCAUAUACAACGAUGCAAGUGGUCAAAAUAUCAUACUCCAGAAAGUUGCGAGCAAAGAUGAAUACAAAGUUGUGGGAAUGAUCGACUUUGACGAAACAGUUUAUUCUUCGUAUGUUUUUGAUUUGUCUACUUCUCUUGCUUACAUCAUGAUGGAAAAUCUUUCUCCAGCUGGAUACCCUGGUCCAGUUGAGUUUAUAGCGCCACUGGUCAAUGGCUUCACAUCAGUAUUUCCACUGUCUUCGGAGGAGAAGCAAAGUUUGUACUACCUGACGUUAGCUCGAUGCUGUCUGUCUGCUGUGUUCGGUGAAUUGAGUUUCAAGGCUGAGCCGUGGAAUGAGUACAUGCUUACUACUCCGAGAAAAAGUUGGAAGUUAAUCGACCUGUUGCUGAGUGCUGGAAAUGACUAUGUUCAUGAUGUGUGGGACUGCUUAUAUUGGGCAAGUUGUAAAGAACAAUUACUGAAGAUGCUCCUUCGAGCUACUAAAAUGCACAUCAUGAUUGCUGCAGUGAUGUGCAUUGCAGAUUGCAGAAUGCUGGAGUCUCCUAGGGGUGAGAGAGAAGUGAGUGGGGAAGCUGGAGAGGAGAGCAGUGAGCAGACCAGACCAGCGCAGCUUCUUAAAAAUGUGUGCGCUCAGACCCGAACUGCAUACAUAAAUGAUGCACUGCCUAACCAAUUUCAAAUUUUGGAGAGGUACAAGUUGUUCGCGGAAGUAUUUCCUCAACGAAUACUCUACGAUAAACCUGUCACAACUCCUGCAACAUCAAUGUGUGCCGGCAUGAACCAAACGUGCUGUCAGCCAUACACAGAGAAAACGCUCCCAAGAAUUGUGUCCAAAGAGUAUCGGGAGAUCUAUCAUACCGUCCUCAAUGGCCAGUACUUUCAGACCUGUCCCUCCAUCGGAAGAGCAACAUAUCACGCUGUACAGCAGUCCUUACAAGAGGCUAAGCGUCUUCUCUCCAUUGAUAUCCAAGAAGCUCUGAACACAACUCUUUUCAGUAGUCAAGAAAUUAACGAUCUGUUUGACUACCUCACUCAGUUCUCGAUCACGCCUGACCUGUGUCCACUGCAAUGGAAGGUACGGGAAGUGGUGAAAGAGGUUCUACUGACUAGUAUUAUCAACACGGUCCUCAAUCGCGAUGGAGACAGUGAGGUAGACCCAGAUAGUAUCGAUUCAGAACAACUAGCUUGUUUCAAGAAUAUCUCAAGUCCAUAUGUUGCUGAUUACACUGCUGAGAUUGUGUCAAAUAUUCAGAGAUUCUUACUGGACUAUGAGGUUUAUGUAAGAUCGGUGCAGCUGGCAAACGAGGUUAUUACUUCAGUCGUAAAAAGGCACCAAUUUUCGUCCUCUUGUUUGACUGCACUCACGAGAAUGAAGCACUGUGCAUUUUGUGGAGGGUACAUCAAGUUCCCCCCUUGUUUGAAUCUUUGCUUGAACACAAUCAGAGGAUGCUUCGCUGAUGUUUCAGAUAUCUUCGAUGAUUUCAGCAGCUUUAGUACAUCAUUCAACGAUCUGUCAAGAGACAUUGACUCCAGCCUCAACCCAGACGCUAUCGUUACUAAUCUGUUGAAGAGGUUCGUCACAAUGAUCACAGAGUUCAGACGUCAAAGUAGUUUGGAGUAUCUAGCAGGUAAAGAAUGCAUUCCUGCAACAACAACAACCACAACCACCUCUCAAGAGGAUACAACAUCCUCAGGGGCUCGCACUCGCUCUCGAAGAUCGAGAUUCUCUCAGCCAAUCAGUACUGACUUAGACGAUCGAUCAGGAACUUCUUUCAACCCUAACGUUGACCUGUCUGAUAACUCUGUCUCUGUAGCAUUCUCCAACGAGAGGAAGUGUCUGGAAAUUUUUCAAAAUCUCCUCCCUGUCAUCCCACAAGAGAUGUGCUACCUCAGUAAGACUCAUGCCAUUACCCACUCUCUAAACAAGCAGUGCUGGACAGGAAAGGGACUAGGAGACUAUGACGAGCCUCUUGUUGGAAAAUCGAAAGCAGAGCAAGUGAACAACACUGCAUUUUCGAGAGAACCCCUCGAGUCAUACAUGCUAUACAAUUCAACACUGUCCAAGCUGCAAGAAAUGAAAGCUGAAAUCGAUCAAGUACUAGAGUAUAGGAGUUUGUGCAGCGACAGUGAUGACGAGGACUGUGGGAGACCUGCACUCAUAGAUUGUGCCAUGCUCUCUAGUGGGAGUGGGAGUGGAUCUGGCUCUGGAUCUGGGUCCGGUUCAGGCAGUCCCUCGUCUGGGUAUGGAGAUAUAGAACAGGGCCCACAUCCCUCCAGUGGGGGUGUCUCACAUCAAAAGGAAUAUAAUCCUGAAAGGAACCAACCGUCAUCUGAAGAAUUCUCUAAAUAUUGGCCUUUGAGUGAUGAGGACAAUCAAAAUGUCAGCAACAGCACAACUGAAGAAGCCCCCACAGAAGGAGCAUUGGGUACGAUUGGAAUUAUUGAGAUCGCCGAGGGAACGACAGAGACAGAAAGCUUAGCCACAGACAUUCGAACACCAGAAGUUGUGGUCAGUGUGGUGAGCACUAGUAGGGCACCCCCGGAGGACACUGAACCUGACCCAGGAAAUGACAAUGACAAUGAUGACUCUUCAGCAUUGUCUAUUAUGUGUUCACUGUGUGUUGUAUCACUGUUGUCACUGUUGAGUGUUUUUAUUAUAAUAUAGACUGAAUUUAUAUCUGUUUGGCAUUAUUAUUUUUCAUCCACUUUUUUGUACCCCAUCAUUUUCACCAGUCACCACAAGUAUUUUUAUAUAUAAACAGAAUUAGAAUUAUGAUAACAAUAAUUAAUAACUAA